GCGCGGAGCAGCCAAUCAGAGCGGCGCGUCGUUUUCAAACGGGCGGCGGCUGCAGCGCGCGGGGAGCGCUGGGACCGGACCGGACCAGGACCCAGACCGAUACCAAUACCGAUACCGGGAGUGGGACCAUGCGGGCAGCCAAGACCCCCGCCGCGCAACAGCGGCCCCCCCGUACCCCGCUGCAGGAGCUGCGGCUGCAGCCCGGCACCGAGCGCACCAACCUCACCCCGCUGCUCCGCCGCCUGCGGCUCAAGGACCGUGACUGCACCACCCCAGUGUCCUGCGCCCGGAGGCCCCCCAACAGUACCUCAAGACACCCCAGAAAUGCUCUCCUGCUCCCCCCCAGCAGCAUAAUCCCAGAGCCCCCUGGGACUCCCACCCUGGGGCCCAGCACCUUGGAGACCCUUGGGAGUCCCACCCGGGUGCCUGGUGCCACAGAGUCCUCCGGAAGCACCAGCUUGGAGCCCCCUGGCAGCUCCACUCCAGGGCUCUGCACCCAGGAGCCCCCCAGCAGCACUGUGCCAGCCCCCGGAUGCAUACCACUUUUGGGGCCCUGCACCCCAGAGCCCCCCAGCAGCAUCGUGCCAGCCUAUCUGUGCAGCCCCAUCUCGGAGCCCCCCAGCAGCACUGUGCCAGCCCAUCUGUGCAGCCCCAUCUCAGAGCCCCCCAGCAGCACUGUGCCAGCACUGCUGUGCAGCCCCAUCCCAGGGUCCUGCACCCCAGAGCUCCCCAGCAGCACUGUGCUGGCCCCUCUGUGCAGCCCAGUCUUGAGGCCCUGCACCCCAGAGCCCCCCAGCAGCACCAUGCCAGCCCCCCCAUGCAGCCCAGUCCCAGGGUUGUGUACCCUGGAGCCUCCCAGUAGCAUCACCCCAGGGCCCCCUGGCAUCAUCAGCUCUGUGCCUUACACCCCAAACUCCUUGGGCAGCACCACUUUAGCACCCGGCACCCCUGGCCCCCCCGGCACCAGCUCCACCCCACAGGCAGCUCCCUUCCAGGGCUGGCGGGUGGUGCCCGCUGACCUUUCCUGCAGCCCUGUGGCCCCCGAACUCCCAGCUGGAGAAAGGACUGUGGGUCUUUCACUUUGCCAAGACACCCCCAAAGGAGCUGAGUCCCCAGACCCUGUUCCCCCAGAGCAGGGCCCCGCUCCCACCGAGGCAGGUAGGUCAGAGCACGCUGGGUCAGAGGCAACAGCCACCCCCUCACCCGAGGUGGCCGCGAGUGCCGUGUCCUGGACGUUGCCACUGGUGUGGCUGGAGAAGAGCCUCAACGCUUCAUCCCUGCUGGACUCCCUGCGGCACAGCCUGCCCCUGUCUGUACCGCGGCGGGACACCGGCACCAGCGUCACCCCCGUGCCCACCGCGGUCGCCGGCACCAGCGUCACCCCCGUGCCCACCGCGGUCGCCGGCACCAGCGUCACCCCCGUGCCCACCGCGGUCGCCGGCACCAGCGUCACCCCCGUGCCCACCGCGGUCGCCGGCACCAGCGUCACCCCCGUGCCCACCGCGGUCGCCGGCACCAGCGUCACCCCCGUGCCCACUGCGGUCGCCGGCACCAGCAUCACCCCUGUGCCUACCAUGGUCACUGGCACCUUCAUGACCCCCCGGGAUCUGCAGGAGAGGAGCAUGAACACAUCCACAGGUGGUCCGCGCUGCGCCAAGGACAGCGCUGCCGAAACAGACUCCCUGCUCUGGCACUGUCCCCGGGAGCAGCUGAAGUCCCUGCCGCGGGCAGAGCUGGAGGGGCGGCUGGAGAGCACCCUCAUCAUCAUCGAAGCGCUCUCGCUCCAGCUGCGCAGCUUGCAGGAGAGCCACUGGCUGCUGCCCAGCGUGGGGCCGGCCGAGCAGAGGGAUGCGCUCACGCAGACGGACGUCACCCACCCCAAAGGGGAGGAGGAGAUCUACCACAACCUCUACCUCGAGCUGCGGAGGAAAAUGGAGGCUCUGCAGCGGCAGCGGCGAGCGGAGCAGGACCUGCAGCGGGAGCUGGAGCUGGCUGCCACAGGGACGAGUGCCUGGAGCAACCAGUUCCUCCUGUUUCGGGGCAUUGCAGAUGCUGCAUUUCAGAGCUUGCAGGAUGAGCAGGGAGCCCUUGCCCAGGAGCGGGAGCAGGCGAGGGCCUUGGUGUCGCGGUGCUGGGCUGUGCUGCAGAGCGUGCCCGGCAAGCUGCGGAGCUGCCUGGAGGAGCGGGAUGCCAUGAGGCAGCGAGCGGAUGAAGCUCUUCGAGCCAAGGAGGAGGGCGACCGCUUCCUUGAGGCUUUCCGUGCCCAUGCCAGCGCCCGAAUCAGCGCCCGUGACCAGAGUCUGGCCUCCCAGCGAGAGCUGGGCACGCUGCUGGCAGAUGCCAUCGACCAGCAGGCAUCCCUGGCUGCUGAGGCUCAGCCCUUCAGGGAGUUCAUAGACAUCACCUUUGCAAAUCUGGAGGAGGAAAGGAGAGCCCUGGAUAUGGAGCGGGAGCAGGCGAGGGCCCUGGUGUCGCGGUGCCGCGCUGUGCUGCAGAGCGUGCCCGGCAAGCUGCGGGGCUGCCUGGAGGAGCGGGAUGCCAUGAGGCAGCGAGAGGACGAAGCUCUUCAAGCCAAGGAGCAGGUGUCCUUCCAGCUGGAGGAGACCUCUGUGGCCCUGCAGGACGCGGUGGCUCAGCUGGAGCAGCUGACGGCGGCCAAUUCACACCUUAAUACAGACCUGAACUCCCUGAGGAUGAAUCUGGCCAACCUGGAGCAGACGCGGGAUGCGCUGCAGCAGGAGAACAAGAAGCAGCAGGAGGAGAUGGCCUGGCUGGUGCAGGAGAGGGACACCCUGCAGCAGGAGUGCAACGGGCUGCGCCACGACCUGCGGGAGGUGACCGAGAGCCGGGAGUUCCUUGACCAGGAGAACCGCAUGUCCUGCACGCAGCUGCUGGACGCGGAGGCCAAGCUGAAGCUCACCACGGCCGCCCUGCAGGAGCACAGCCUGCAGUACGAGGAGCUGAUGGAGUCCCACCAGCGCCUGCGGAAUGAGCAUGCUGCCCUGGGCCAGGAGCUGGAGAACACCAAGACUGAGCUCCUCGACUUGCAGCUCAAGAGGAACAAAGUUUCCUGGUGCUCUAAGGACAUUGCUGAGAGCCAGAUGCGGCUGCAGGAGCUCGCUGACUGCCUCAGGGCUGCUCUGCAAGAGGAGGAUGACGAUGCCCCAUCAAGAAGCAGGGCCUGGACCCCGGCUCCACGGACGCCGGGCUGGCGGACACCGGGCUGGCAGACCCCUCGCCGUGCCUGGACCCCCGCCUGCCGCACGCCGGCAUCUCGCACCCCCUACCAUGGCGGGAGCUCCUUCGUGGGCAGCGUCCUGAAAGCUGUGUCGGGGGAAGAUGGCGAUGAGGCCACCAGAGGUGGGAGUGCACUUACCAAGGACAAAUCUGCCUCUACACCAAAGCCAAUAGAACCUGAGGAAGGUCUGCUGGAAAGUGUGAAGGAGCUGCGAGCUGUGGUCUCCAACCUCACCAUGCUGAGCUGCCGUAUUCAGGAGCUGGAGCAGAGCGAGUUCAAGGCGCUGCAGACAGAGAUCUCUGACCUGCAGCUCCAGCUGGAGACAGUGACAGCGGAGAGCCAGGAGAAGAUAGAUGCCCAGGCUGCCACCAUCGCCAAGCUGAAUAAGACACUGAGGAGCAAGCUAGAGAACGAGAAGGAGUUGCAGGAUGUGUUGAAACAGCAGGAAGAGAAGAUGUUGCAGCUCAUCGACAAGAGUGGGGAAGUCACGAGGCUGAAGGGAGAGAUCUCCCAGCUGAAGCGCUCGCUCCAGCGUGCAGAGACGGAGGCCAAGGUGCUGUGGGAGGAGAUGCGGGGGCAGGAGCACAAGGUGGACACUGUCUACAUCCAGGAGCGGGUCCUCCUGCGGCAGGAGGUGGACAAACUGCGGCUGCUGCUCCUGGAGAAGGAGGAUGAGAAUCUGCUGCUCUCUAACAAGUACCUGGAACAGAUCCAAGGGCUGGAGCUGAGGCUCCAUCACACCCAUAAAGUGCUGAGGACCCAUGAGGAGAUGCAGGAGAAGAUGAAGGAGGUCCUGUUGGCUGUCCCUGACGUGGCAACGGGCUGCCAGGAGUUCCACAGCCUCCUGCGGUACUUGGGCCUGAAACCAGGCAGUGUCAGCAAGGAAGCCGCUGAGCCGCUGUAGCCUGUAGCAUGAAAACUCCCUGCUGUCCUGCCUGUUCUUAAUGCUGUAAUUUAUUUAAUAAAGUUUUGUUGGCUUUCA